AUGCCGUCGCGCAGGGGUAUCUCUCUUGGAUCGCCCACCAUCCAAGAUGGAGGUGUCGCCUUCACCUUUGAGUCCAGCCACCAACGGCGUGGGCUCGCCCUCUUUCCCGCCAUCGACCCGAACCAGCUUGUCGACCACCUUGUCGCUGUCAUCGCCGGCACGCUCGGCGCGACGAGGGACGAGUUGGAAAGUCCUGGCAGUCUUCUUCACAAGAGCCGCAUCAAUGACACGAUUCAAAGGUGCGGCCGCUUUGCCGCGGACACGCAGCAAUAUCUCUACAUCCAGAAGGAUAUCACCGCCUCAUCGCCCCUUGGGGCAUCCCCGGAUGAAUCUAGUCAAACCUCCUUCCCACUCAUACACACUCACCACCGAUAUGUCAUCUCUUCCGACCACCGUCUCCUCGCUCGUCCUGUUAAAACGGGCUCAACCCCUCGAUCCCGCCCUCCCCUGACAACGCAGAUUCUAAUCACCAAUUUGCCUGGGCCGGCGACGUUGAAUGCCAGCAUUGGGGAGCAGGGUCCCUCGACUUCGCCCUACGAAAUCCUUCAAUCCUUUAUCCAUAACGCCCUGGUGCCCUACUUCGAUGCCAAUACCAAGACUCAACUAGUGAACGGAAAUAGGGGUCGUGCCGAUGUUGAUUCUAAAACCGGCAUACCGAUUACCAAAAAGCGCUGGAACGAUUUGGAGCUGAGCUUGCUCCAUCUCCAAGAAAAUGUCGAGAUCCCUCAAGUGUCUUUGACCUUUCACCCUGUCGUGCAGUCCGCUCUCGAAUCCGCCUCCCUCGAACGAGCAAAGCCUACUUUGGACCUCAUCCCGGCUACAAUCUUGCAGGAUAGUUCCAUUUUGAAUAACCUCCAGGCCAACGUGAACAGCUGGAUCAAAUCGAUUCAAGGUGUAACUAAAAUGACGAGGGACUCCUCAUCGGGCCCUAGCCAGGAGCUCAAGUUCACUGCUAGCCAAGAAAUCAACUUUUGGCUUUCGAUGGAGUCCGCCCUCGAAGCGAUAGAGGCUCAGUUGGAGAGCGAUGGUGUCCUCCUCACCCUGGGGGUUCUCAAGCAAGCAAAGCGUUUCCAAGCCACUGUCAGUUUCACUGCCGACACCGGUCUGAAAGAGGCCAUGGAGAAAGUGCAGAAGUACAACCAGCUUAUGCGGGACUUCCCCUUGGACGAGCUUCUCUCCGCUACCUCUCUGCCCAAGGUUCAAGAUGCCCUUGUUCAAAUCUUUGCUCAUUUGAACAAGAAAUUAAAAAUCUGUCCCUACCCCAUCAGGCGAGCGCUGCCCCUAGUUGAGGCUAUCUCUGGAGACCUCGAUGAGGUCCUUCACCGCCUUCUUCCGGGAUCCGGACUUGUCGAGCUCGAAUAUCCCGAAUUCCAAGCUGUUAUGAAGGCUUGCGAUUCCAUUUUCCAGGCCUGGGAAGAGAGCAUCAAGGAGUUCACCAACGUAGCGCGUGAGGUUACUCGUCGCCGAAACGACAAGUUCAUCCCUAUCAAGGUCAACAAGAAACACUCGGAACUCGAGGGUCGACUCAAGUAUGUCAGCACCUUUAGGGACAACCACGAGCAGUUGCAACGAACCAUCGUCAACGUACUAGGCCCCAGGGCCUCUGUUGACGGCGUCGUGGACACCGCUGACCCCACUGGUGCUGUCGUCAUCGAGGAGAUGGGCGACGUCGAUGCCGUGGAGGAAGUCAAGCAAGCCUGGGAAGCGCUUAGGAAUGUUGACCUUUUGGAUGUGUCCCCCAAGGCACGGAGAGUACGCUCAUUCCGAAGCCCACGCCAUGGCCCAACUGCGCGAUUUGCCCCCGUCUCGGGCGCCAUCAUCUGGGCGCGUCAAAUCGAAUUUCAACUUGAUGGCUACAUGAAGAAGGUCGAGCAUGUCCUCGGUGAGGAGUGGAAGGUCCAUUCGGAGGGCCAGAAACUGCUUCAUGAGAGCAAUCUCUUUAGGUCCAAGCUAGACACUCGCCCUAUCUUCGACGCAUGGGCGCGCGAGGUUAAGAGAAGGAAGAUUUCUAUUUCGGGCUACCUCUUCACCGUCAACAAAGUUCGAUCCUCAAAUACCCUGGAGCUCACCGUCAACUUUGACUCCCAAGUCAUCACCCUCUUCAAGGAGACCCGAAAUCUCGCUUGGCUCAAUUACUCUGUUCCCCAUACCAUCAGUUCAGUAUCCAAAGAUGCGAAGAGGGUAUACCCCUAUGCGGUUAGUCUGAUGGAAGGUGUCCGGACUUUCUCCCAGACGAUGCGCCAGAUCUCGCAAAUGGGCGAAGAGGCUGUGCUCCUCAAUGGAUAUUGCAAUGACGGCUUCAGCCUCAUCAAAAAGGGUGUGCCUCUAAAGUGGGAAUCUUUUGUCACCGCAUACGAUGUAUUCUUCAAUGCCAAUAGAGCCAAUCACUCGCUGACCGAUUUGGGCAUUGCCAAAACUGGCGAGAGCAAGCACGGGAUGUUCAUCCGGGAGUUCGUCGCCGCUAUUUCCCUCCUUCAGACCAAGACUAUGGCACUGGUGUCCAUUCAUGCGACUGUUGAGAAAGCCCUGGCGGAGAUUGCAACUUGCGACUACACAACUGAAGAAUUCCAAUCUCGUCUCGAGACCAUCCAGGCUGCUGUCGAUCAAUUGAACCUGGAACAGUACGUCAACUUGAACUUUUGGGUUGAGGGAAUGAACGAGAAGCUGAAGGAGGUUCUCUUGGCUCGGCUACAGCAUGCGAUCCAGGCCUGGAUUGUUCACGAGCUGGCUAUGCGCAACCAGGUCAUCUAUCUCGAGCCUCCCCUUGAGCAUGCGCGAGCCGGAUGGUUCCUUCACCUUCACGAUUGGCUUGGUGUUGUUUGCAACCUGCCAAAGCUCAAGGCCACCAGAUACCAGAUGGCUCUCGCCGCCAAAAACGAUGAUGCCCGCUUCACGGAUCUGCCCAUGGAAUGCGCCGAUGCGCUUUCUAGGGUCUACGUCGCAAUGGAGACCAAGCUACGAGAUAUUAAUGCUUAUGUUGAUAAGUGGUUACAGUUUCAAUCGCUCUGGGAUCUGCAGUCUGAACAAGUGUAUGAAGCCAUCGGCGAGAAGCUGUCAAGCUGGCUUCAGCUACUCCAGGAUAUCCGCAAGACGCGGCAAACUUUCGAUACCCAGGAAGUGAGCCAGUCCUUUGGCCACAUCACUAUUGACUACGAGCAGGUUCAAACACGAGUCAAUACCAAGUAUGAUCAGUGGCAACACGAUAUCCUGCUGAAGUUUGCGAGCCGUCUCGGGACUAGGAUGCGCGAUGUAUACGCAGACAUGGACAAGACGCGUCGGGAUCUUGAGCCCCAGACCCUCGAAUCCGCCUCUACAGAUAAGGCCGUCAAGUUUAUCACGGCGGUUCAGGCUUGCCGGAGGAAUGUAAAGUCUUGGGCCCCAGAAAUCGACAUGUUCCGCCAGGGCCAGUCCACAUUGGUGCGACAACGUUACCAGUUCCCUCAUGACUGGAUCGAUAUCGCCCAGAUCGAGAGUGAAUGGGAUGCCAUUAACGAGAUGUUGGAGAAGAAAUCCAAGAUUGUCAACGAUCAGACCGAUGCCCUUCGCGCGAAGAUUACAGCCGAAGACAAGCUCGUGAGCGAGCGGAUCGCGGAGAUUGCUGCCCAAUGGAACGAAGAGAAGCCUGUUUCCGGCACAAUUCCUCCCGAUGUCGCCUCUGCUACCCUGACGCAGUUUGAGGGUCGUAUCACGACCCUCCAGGAGCACUCCCAAAUGGUUGCAAAGGCCAAGGAAGCUCUCGACCUUCCUCCCAGCCCUGAUUCAGCGCUCGAUGCGAUCAUGGAAGAGGUCCAAGAUUUCCAAUCCGUCUGGGCUAAUCUCUCCACUAUCUGGGCCAGUCUGAAUGACACGAGGGAAACCUUGUGGACCGCUGUUCAGCCUCGAAAGAUUCGUGGCAAGAUUGAUGACCUUAUCAAGAGCACCAAGGAUAUGCCGAGCAGAAUGCGUCAGUACGCUGCCUUUGAACACGUCCAAAAGAUUCUUCGUGGCCUGUUGAAGGUCAACUCUAUCCUCUCUGACCUCAAGUCCGAUGCUAUCCGAGAUCGGGAUGUCUGGGAUCUCAACCUCGUUGCUACCGAGGUCAUUGUCAAGGACAUCAUCGCUCAGGCUCAAGGCGAGAUGGCGUUGGAGGAAUACAUCCGGCAACGAAAACCUCAACUCCUCCAGGCCAUGAAACACUCGCCGUAUUACAAAGAAUUCGAAGAAGACGCGACGGCAUGGGAAGACAAACUGAACCGAUUGCAUGUGCUCUUCGAUAUCUGGAUUGACGUCCAACGCCAAUGGAUCUAUCUCGAGGGCGUCUUUACGGGGAAUGCCGAUAUUAAACACCUCCUCCCUAUCGAAUCAGGGCGCUUCCAGAACAUCAACAGCGAGUUCUUGGCCGUGAUGAAGAAGGUUUACAAGCAACCCUAUGUCUUGGAAGUUCUUACUAUUCCCAACGUCCAAAAGUCUCUAGAGCGAUUGGCGGAGCUCCUCAACAAGAUUCAAAAGGCCCUAGGAGAAUAUCUCGAAAAGGAGCGGCUAUCAUUCCCCGUUUCUACUUCGUUGAAGAUGUUUGCUGGUAUCUCUGGUUUGACAAUGGAUGAUGACAACUCGAUCAUCACUGGAUUCACCUCGAAAGAAGGAGAGGUCGUUCAGCUCAAGAAGGAAAUCUCGCUUGCUAAAACCCCGCGUAUCAACGACUGGUUGACCCUCCUCGAGAACGGCAUGAAAUCCACCCUUGCUCAUCUCCUUGCCGAGGCGAUUGAGUCGUAUACCCCAGUUUUCGAGGCCGAGACGCUUGACGCUGCGGCGUUUGACGCGUACAUGAGCGAAUAUCCGAGUCAAAUUGUGGUGUUGGCGACGCAGGCUUCUCUAUAUGAUCGUGAGGUUGGCAUUCUUCGAUACCUCGCCAACACCGUCCUGGGUGAUCUCGACGUGAUUGACCGGAAAAAGUGCGAGCAGCUCAUUACCGAGUGCGUCCAUCAACGCGACGUGAUCGAGAAAUUAAUCAAGGCCGGUGCUACUCAUGAAAAACACUACCUGUGGCUCCUUCAGAUGCGAUACGUCUAUACUACAGAUGGGGAGUAUCUGCAACGGCUUCACAUCAAGGUGGCCAACGCAAAGCUUGAUUACGGUUUUGACACUCUGCCAGCGCCUUGGUGGCUCCCCUACGGACCCGCUGGAACCGGAAAGACCGAGUCUGUCAAGGCCCUCGGUAUUCAGCUUGGACGGUUUACCCUCGUCUUCUGUUGCGACGACACCUUUGACUUCCAAGCAAUGGGUCGCAUCUUCCUCGGUAUAUGUCAGGUUGGUGCAUGGGGCUGCUUUGACGAGUUCAACCGUUUGGAAGAGAGGAUUCUGUCUGCGGUAUCGCAGCAAAUCCAAAACAUACAGCUGGGCCUCAAGCAGGGCGCCGAGGACGACAAGGCCCAGAUUGAGCUUGUUGGCCGACAACUUCACGUUAGUCAAAACACUGGCAUCUUCAUCACUAUGAACCCGGGCUAUGCUGGCCGAUCCAAUCUCCCAGACAAUUUGAAGAAGCUAUUCCGAAGCGUCGCCAUGUCGAAGCCCGACAAGGAAUUGAUCGCCGAGGUCAUGCUGUACUCUCAGGGUUUCAACCAAGCCAAGCAGCUUUCCAAACAAACUGUUCCUUUCUUCGACCAAUGCUCUCUCAAGCUAUCAAAACAGGCUCAUUACGACUUUGGUCUCCGUGCACUCAAAAGCGUUCUCGUCAGCUCUGGUGGCCUGAAGCGGGCGAGACUUUCUGGUGGGGAGCGCGACGCUAUGAACUCUGCCACUUUUGAGCCAGAGAUUAUUGUUCAGAGCAUUCGCGAGACUAUUGCGCCCAAACUUAUCCGAGACGAUGUCAACCUCAUGGCCUCAAUCGAGGAGGUCUGUUUCCCAGGUAUCCAAUACGUACCGGCCAAUCUUGAGAAGCUCGAAAAUGCCAUACGCACGCUUGCUAGCGAACGACAGAUGGUUGUCAGCGAUGCGUGGAUGACCAAGGUUAUCCAGCUGUACCAGAUCCAGCAGAUCCACCACGGUGUCAUGAUGGUUGGAAACUCAGGAAGCGGCAAAUCAGGUGCCUGGCGGCUCUUGCUCGAUGCCCUUCGGGUCGUCGAAGACGUUGAAGGUAUCUCCCAUGUCAUUGACUCCAAGGUCAUGUCUAAGGAGGCCCUGUAUGGCAACCUAGACUCGACCACGCGUGAGUGGACCGAUGGUCUGUUCACAAGCAUUCUUCGUAAGAUUGUGGACAACCUCCGUGGAGAGGACACCAAGAGGCACUGGAUCGUUUUCGACGGUGAUAACGUCUCAAUCUCCCCCAACGUUCGCAUCAUGUUCGAGGUGGAGAAUCUCAAAUAUGCGACACUUGCGACUGUCAGUCGUUGCGGUAUGGUUUGGUUCAACGAGGAUAUUGUGUCGCCAAACAUGAUGGUUACCAAUUAUCUUGAAAAGCUGCGAACACUCGCCUUUGAAGACCUUGACGAAGAUGCCGUCGGUACUGGCCAGAACCCGGCCAAGACCCUUGCAAUCCAGGCUCAGGCAGCAGAUGUGCUCAAAGCCUUCCUCGCCAAAGACGACUUUAUCCUUGCCGCACUCAAAGAGGCUGAGGAUUACACCCACAUUAUGGAUUUCACGAUUGCUCGUGUUCUCAAUACCCUCUUCUCGCUUCUAAAUAAGGCCGUUCGCGACGUUAUCGACUCGUUGAUCGACUUCGAUGUUACCCUGCCCCAGGCAGAAUGGACCUCUUGGCAAGCCCAGGUCCCGAGUGUGGAGGUUAACACCCACUCCAUCACUCAGACCGACGUUGUCAUUCCUACACUCGACACCAUUCGUCACGAGGAUGUUCUCUACUCCUGGUUGGCUGAACAUAAACCUCUCUUGCUUUGCGGCCCUCCCGGUUCCGGUAAGACGAUGACGCUCUUCAGCGCCCUGCGCAAGCUUCCUAACAUGGAGGUGGUGGGCUUGAACUUCUCGAGCGCCACUACCCCGGAUCUCCUCAUCAAAACGUUUGAGCAGCAUUGCGAGUACAAGAAAACGUUGAAUGGCGUCAUGCUCUCUCCCAGACAGAUUGGGCGGUGGUUGGUCAUUUUCUGCGACGAAAUCAACCUUCCCGCUCCCGACAAAUACGGCACUCAACGUGCCAUCUCAUUCCUGCGACAACUCGUUGAGCACAAUGGUUUCUGGAGGGCCUCGGAUAAGUCAUGGGUCACGCUUGACCGGAUCCAGUUUGUGGGAGCAUGCAACCCUCCAACGGACGCUGGCCGUACGCCCCUGGGCGCGAGGUUCCUGAGACACGCCCCCUUAAUCAUGGUUGAUUAUCCGGGAGAGCUCUCGCUUACUCAAAUCUACGGCACGUUCAACUCGGCUGUGCUCAAAAUCAUCCCCACCCUUCGCGGCUACGCCGAUGCUCUUACCCAAGCCAUGGUCAAAUUCUAUCUCCAGUCGCAGCAGCGGUUCACGCCCAAGAUCCAGCCGCACUAUGUAUACAGUCCUCGUGAGCUUACUCGAUGGGUCCGUGGCGUGUAUGAAGCUAUCAAGCCCCUUGAGACCCUGACUCUCGAGGGUCUCGUCCGCAUCUGGGCCCAUGAAGCCCUCCGUCUUUUCCAGGAUCGUCUUGUCGCGGAAGACGAACGCCAGUGGACUGAUGAAGCUGUUCGCCGGAUUGCUCUCGAACUGUUCCCAACGAUUGAUGAGGAGAAGGCUCUAGGCGGGCCCAUUCUCUUUUCGAACUGGCUAUCUCGAAACUACGUGCCUGUCGAUCGUGAACAGCUUCGAGACUUUGUCAAGGCCAGGUUGCGGACGUUCUGUGAAGAAGAGGUUGACGUGCCCCUCAUCCUCUUCAACGAUGUGCUCGAACAUGUCCUCCGCAUUGAUCGUGUGUUCAGACAGCCGCAAGGCCAUCUCAUCUUGAUUGGUGUCAGUGGCAGUGGAAAGACGACGCUGUCGCGCUUCGUGGCCUGGAUGAAUGGUCUGAAGGUGUUCCAGAUCAAGGUUCAUGGCAAGUAUACUGCAGAGGACUUUGACGACGAUCUUCGAGACGUGCUACGGCGUGCCGGCUGCAAGGGCGAGAAGAUUUGCUUCAUCAUGGAUGAAUCCAACGUCCUCGACUCUGGCUUCCUGGAGCGCAUGAAUACCCUUCUCGCCAACGCUGAAGUUCCGGGUCUGUUUGAGGGAGACGAUUACGCCGCCCUCAUGACGGCCUGCAAGGAAGGUGCUCAGCGACAGAACUUACACCUAGACUCUCCGGAAGAGCUUCACAAGUGGUUUACGCAGCAAAUCGUCAAGAACCUCCACGUCGUCUUUACCAUGAAUCCUCCCGAAGAUGGGCUCUCGUCCAAGGCGGCGACGAGUCCUGCCUUGUUCAACCGUUGUGUGCUCAACUGGUUCGGCGACUGGUCUGACCAGGCCCUGUUCCAGGUUGGCCAUGAGCUUACCCAAUCGGUUGAUUUGGAUCGUCACAAUUACUUGGCCCCCGAUACGAUCCCUGUGGCUUACCGUGCUCUCUCGUUGCCUCCCUCUCACCGUGAAGCUGUUGUCAAUGCCAUGGUUUACAUCCACUACUCGCUUCAGCGCUUCAAUGACAAACUCCUAAAGCAGCAGGGCCGUAUCACGUAUCUCACCCCGCGCCACUUCCUCGACUUCGUUGCCCAAUACGUCAAGCUCUACAACGAAAAACGCGAAGAUCUCGAGGAGCAGCAGCGCCAUCUUAAUGCUGGAUUGGAAAAGCUCAAGGAUACUGUGGACAAAGUGCGCGAUCUUCGUGUCAGCCUCGCGGAGAAGUCGGCCCAGCUUGACCGCAAGGGCGCGGAGGCGGAUGAAAAGCUGAAGCGUAUGCUUGCUGAUCAGCAGGAAGCUGAGCAGCGCAAGACAGCCUCGCUCGAGCUCCAGAGGGUCCUCGAUAUCCAGGAAAGGGAGGUGACUUCGCGGAAGCAGAUCGUCCUCGAGGAUCUAGCCAAGGCCGAGCCUGCCGUUGAAGAAGCCAAGGCUAGUGUUAGCAACAUUAAAAGACAGCACCUUACCGAAGUGCGUUCCAUGAGCUCGCCGCCGCAGGGCGUACGCCUCGCACUGGAGGCGGUCUGCGCGCUCCUCGGCAACAAAAUUACCGACUGGAAGUCAAUCCAGGCCAUUGUGCGGAAAGACGACUUCAUUGCAAGCAUCAUCAACUUCAACAAUGAGGAGAAGCUGACGAGGUCGCUUCGGCUCAAGAUGCGCAACGAUUACAUGAGCUCCCCGAUUUCACAUUCGAAAAGGGUGGGUCCUCUUCGCGACGAGGUUGCCCAGCUCGAGGAUCAGGCCCUCCAGACCCAGGCCGAAGCCAAGGCGGUGGAGCAGACAAUUGACAGCCUGGAAGGCCGAAUCGCCACGUACAAGGCCGAGUACGCCACCCUGAUCGCCGAGACCGAGGCCAUCAAGGCUGAAAUGUUGAGGGUGCAGUCCAAGGUGGACAGAAGCGUCAAGUUGCUUGACAGUCUCUCGUCAGAGAGAACCCGCUGGGAGGAGGGUAGCAAGUCUUUCGAGACUCAAAUCAGCACUCUGGUGGGCGACGUCUUGAUUGCGGCGGCGUUCCUGGCCUACAGCGGCCUCUACGAUCAGACGUUCCGAAAGUCGAUGCUCGACGACUGGCUCCACCAGCUGCACCUCUCUGGCGUUCUCUACAAGGCGCAUAAUCCCAUGACGGAGUACCUCUCCACGGCGGACGAGCGGCUCAACUGGCAGCAAAAUACCUUGCCCGUGGAUGACCUGUGCACGGAGAAUGCCAUUAUCCUGAAGCGCUUCAAUAGAUACCCGCUCAUCAUCGACCCGUCUGGCCGCGUUACCGAAUUCCUUCAGAAGGAGUGCAAGUCGCGUCGCUUGACCGUCACUAGCUUCUUGGACGAUUCCUUCACCAAACAGCUCGAGAGCGCCCUUCGAUUCGGCAACCCGAUCCUAAUCCAAGACGCGGAACACCUCGACCCGAUCCUUAAUCAUGUUCUCAACAAGGAGUACCAGAAGACGGGCGGUCGUGUUCUCAUUCAACUCGGAAAGCAGCAGAUUGACUUUUCGCCGGCGUUCAAGCUCUACCUCGCCACUCGAGACCCGUCGGCGACGUUUGCGCCAGACAUCUGCAGCCGAACGACGUUUGUCAACUUCACCGUCACCCAGAGCAGCUUGCAAACCCAGUCUCUCAAUCAAGUUCUCAAGUCCGAGCGGCCGGAUGUCGACGAGCGUAGGUCCAACCUCAUCAAGUUGCAGGGCGAGUUCAAGAUCCAUCUUCGCCAGCUCGAGAAGCGCCUGCUCCAAGCCCUCAACGAAUCUCGCGGUAACAUUUUGGAUGACGACAAUGUCAUCGAGACUCUGGAGACUUUGAAGACGGAAGCCGCGGAGAUCUCAGCCAAGAUGAAGAACACAGAGGGCGUCAUGACGGAGGUCGAGGAGAUCACUCAACAAUACGGCGUCAUCGCCAAGUCUUGCAGCGCCGUGUUUGCCGUCCUCGAGCAGCUGCACUAUCUCAACCACUUUUACCAGUUCUCUCUCCAGUACUUCCUCGAUAUCUUUGAGGCCGUCCUCCAUAACAACAAGAGCCUCGCCGGGGUCACGGAUUACGACGCGCGCCGCGACAUCAUCGUCAAGGACCUCUUUGUCAACACGUUCCGACGCACAGCUCUUGGCGUACUCCAAAAGGACCGAGUCACCUUGGCCAUGCUCCUGGUCCACGCCUCGCCAAUCCACAUGGAUAAGGCGUUGCUGGAGGAGAUCAUAAGUGAUCGGGUCGAAGGCCAAGACAUCUCGAGCAAUCCGGACGCCAAGGAGGACGCCAUGAACAAGGCCCGACGCAUGACGGCGCUCAAGGACAUCCUAGACAAUGCUCCCGUAGCCGACUGGGACAGAUUCUUCACCGAGGAGAUUGCAGAGAACUUCGUCCCUCGUAUCUGGACCGACAAUGCCGACCCAUCUCAGAAAACGCUCCAGUCGCUUCUCCUCGUCAAGCUUUUCCGUCUUGAUCGCUUUAUCCCGGCGGCCGAGAGAUUUGUGGCGGGCGUUUUUGGCCCCGAGCUUUUCGACAUUGUGGAAGACCUCAAGGAAACAGUGGCCGAGGUUCCCGCCACCCGACCCAUCGCUCUCGUCUCGAGCCCCGGAUUCGACGCCAGCUACAAGGUAGAUAGCCUCGUUGAGCGCAUGAAUAUCCGCUGCACCAAUAUCGCCAUGGGUUCCAACGAAGGCCUCUCUGGAGCGGACAAGGCCAUCGCCAACGCUGCCCAAACCGGCUCAUGGGUCCUGGUGAAGAACGUUCACCUCGCACCAACAUGGCUCCAAAGCCUCGAGAAGCGGAUGGAAAGCCUAAACCCCCACUCGCAAUUCCGACUGUUCCUUUCAAUGGAAUCCAGCCCCAAGAUCCCCGUCAACUUGCUACGAGCCAGCCGUGUGCUCAUGUACGAGCAGCCCGCCGGUGUGCGUGCCAAUAUGAAGGACUCACUGUCGUCUCUAUCUACACGUGCCACCAAGAGCCCCGUGGAGAGGACCAGGUUGUACCUACUCCUGUCGUUCCUACAUGCCGUCAUCCAAGAGCGGCUGCGGUAUGCGCCUACCCUGGGCUGGAAGGCAUUUUGGGAAUUCAACGAUAGCGAUUAUGAGUGCUCGGCUUUCAUCAUCGACACAUGGGUCGAGGCGGUCGCGCAAAACCGUACUAAUAUCGCUCCGCAAAACAUUCCCUGGGAGAUGAUACAUCACCUCGUUGUCGAGACCUAUGGCGGCAAGAUAGAUAACGAGGAAGACUACCACCUGCUGAUCGACCUCGUCCGCAAGCUAUUGACACCGCUAGCUUAUGACUCGGGCCACAAACUUGUAGAGGAUGCCGAUACCAACCUUGUAGUGCCCGAAGGGACCUCGCUACCUGACUACAUGGAAUGGAUCCACAAGCUGCCUGAGAGAGAACCACCGACAUAUCUCGGCCUGCCAGCUAAUGCUGAGAAACUCUUGCUUGUGGGGUUGGGUCAGUCAAUGAUUGAGAAUGUGAAGAAGGUCACGGAUAGGUUGGAUGAUCAGGAGAAGUUGAUGGCAUAG